GGGGGGAGAGACUGAGACUGCGACUGAAACAGAGCCAAACCACCAGGGAUAGCAUUGCUUCAUUUCCUGCGAGCUAGCUCUAAAGACUGGAACACUUGCACUGCCUCAGACAGCCCGGUGCUCUCUCCCUGCCGUUCAGACGUGUCCUUCUCUGAUUUCUAAACCACCAAAAUGAGGGCCUGGAUCAUUCUUUAUCUAUGCCUUGCAGGCAAGGCACUGGCUGCUCCUCAGGAACCUGCGGCUGAAGUGGAGGUUAUUGAGGAAACUGAACCAGAGGCAUUGCCAGUAGGAGCGAAUCCAGUCCAGAUAUCCACAGGAGAUUUUGAAGAAACUGAAGAUGAUACCAAGAAGGAGAUUGAAACUGAAAAUCCAUGUGAAAACAUCCACUGCAAGCGAGGAAAGGUUUGCGAGCCUGAUGAGAACAAUGAGCCCAUGUGUGUCUGCCAGAAUCCAGCAUCUUGUCCACCCAGCACAGUUGAAUUUGAGAAGGUGUGUGGUACUGAUAACAGCACCUACGAUAGUGCCUGCCAGCUCUUUGCCACCAAGUGUGCAUUGGAAGGCACCAAGAAGGGCCAUAAGCUCCACUUGGACUACAUUGGACCAUGCAAAUUCAUCCAAGUCUGCCAGGACAGUGAACUGACUGAGUUCCCACUGCGCAUGCGUGACUGGUUGAAGAAUGUCCUGGUUACCCUUUACGAGCGCGACAACGAGGAAAACAAUCUCCUGACUGAGAAACAAAAGAUGAAGGUUCAGAAGAUGUAUGAAAAUGAAAAGCGUCUGCAGGAUGGAGAGCACUCAGUGGACCUUCUGGCUCAUGACUUUGAGAAGAACUACAACAUGUUCGUUUUCCCCGUUCACUGGCAAUUCGGACAACUUGACCAACACCCAGCUGACAAGUACCUUUCUCACUCUGAGUUGGCUCCUCUCCGUGCCCCCCUUGUCCCAAUGGAGCACUGCACCACUCGCUUCUUCCAGGAAUGUGAUGCAGACAACGACAAAUACAUUGCCCUUGAGGAGUGGGCCAUGUGCUUUGGUAUCAAAGAGGAGGAUAUUGAUGGCAACCUUCUGAUAUAAUCUUCGCCUAUUGCUGUCCAUUGCUACCUUUUGGUGGUGGUGCUAACUAGAGACUGACUACAUUAAUGGUGCUACUCUCAUUUAUUAUCUCUACCACUGUAACACAGUGCAUAUGCUUUCAAUAACACUUGUUGGCAAAGAAAGACAUCUUCCUUCAAUUAUUGAAAUUCCGAUGUGUUUUUUUUGCUGUGUUUUUAAUUGUCCUUGUCAAUUAAAGGAGUAACUUGCAUGUGUUAGCAGUAUUGUCUGGAUCCUUGCCCAUGUAAAAUGAAACCCAUGUAUUAAUGCCCAGAACCCUGGAGGUUCGUAGCUUCUCUCUUUUAUGUACAGGUAGACAGUGAAUGCUGUGGUUUAAUGGCUGGGUGUGAGGGAACUACUUUCAGUAUGCUGUCAAAAGUGAAUAUGGAUUUGUGUGAAGGCUGGAGUGCUAAUAUGUGCUUUGCAUCUGUAAGGGGUUGCAAAGGGAAAAUAGGGACAUCUCGGAUGUUAAUCAGAAAGUGUACAAUGUGGAAAAGGAAGAUGCGAUUGUACAAGUUGAUGGAAGUCUACCUCGAAGUCCCUUUACGCUAUCCACUAACACAGGAUAAGCACACUUUCCAUAUUUCUUUCUAAUAAAAAAAAUUAAAACAAAUAAUUUCAUGCAUGCAGUUGCGAUGGUUAAAGGUGUCUUUAUUCAUGGCAAAUAUAAUUCCCAAUUUUGUAACAUGGUAUUUUGUGCCUGGUCACUGAGCUAACCAUUUUCCUGUUAUGUGCUUCAUAACUGUUCACCGUACAAUGGAAUAAAACAACAUGAUAAUGCCACAA